UAUAAGUUAGACACUAUGGCUGAAAUGUUCAAGUUGACUCGAGCUCUCCCCUUAUUUCAGGGACAGAAGAUCGCCUCGACCCUGACAGCUAGUCAGGCAAAGCGUUGGCAAACAAAUGCAGCAGCUGCCCCAUCCAGAGAUGAUGAGGAAUGGCAACAGGCACGCCCCUUCGAAGAUCUUCCCCGCGUGGGCUCAAUUGACUUAAUCCGUAAGAUUGCUUUACCUGGUGGAAAAUACAAGAACAAAGAUGUAGACGAACUGAUAAUGUGCAUGCGUGAGGAUUAUGGUGAUAUCUUUUAUAUGCCAGCCCUAUUCGGACGUCGCGCAAUACUGACCACACACAAUCCCAAAGACUUUGAGGUUGUCUUUCGACACGAAGGCGUCUGGCCAAAUCGUCCAGGCAGUGACACUCUGCGUUAUCAUCGUGAAACGCAUAGCAAAGAAUUCUUUCAGGGCAUAGAAGGUCUAAUGCCGACACAAGGUAAAAACUGGGGAGAUUUUCGAACCAUAGUGAAUCCAGUGCUAAUGCAACCGAAAAAUGUUCGUCUAUACUACAAGAAGAUGUCUCUGGUGAAUCAAGAGUUUGUGGAGCGCAUCAAGGCCAUAAGAGAUGCUCAGACAUUGGAGGCUCCCGAUAACUUCAUAGAACACAUCAAUCGCUGGACUCUGGAGUCGGUGUCUGUGGUAGCUUUGGACAAACAACUGGGUCUACUGAAGGGAUCGUGCACCGAUGAAAAAGUUUUGCUGCUCUUCAAGAGUCUGGAUGACUUCUUUGAUAUAACAGCCGAUCUGGAAAUAAAGCCCUCGCUUUGGCGUUAUCUGAAUACGCCAAAGCUCAAGCAGUUAAUGAAGGCAUUUGAUAACAUAAAAGAUGUAACUUUGGCAUAUGUAGAAGAGGCCGUUGCCCGAUUAGAAGAAGAGUCCAAACAAGGUAUAGUGAAGCCCGAGAAUGAGCAAAGUGUACUGGAAAAGCUCCUAAAGAUAGAUAAGAAAGUUGCCACCAUAAUGGCAAUGGAUAUGCUUAUGGCUGGUGUCGAUACGACCUCGAGUACAUUUACCGCUGCCCUUCUGUGUCUGGCCCUCAAUCCGGAGAAGCAGGAGAAACUGCGAGAGGAAGUGCGAGAAGUGCUGCCCAAUAAGGAUUCCGAAUUCACAGAGGCCUCCAUGAAGAAUGUACCAUAUUUGCGUGCCUGCGUCAAGGAAUCCCAACGUGUUUAUCCUUUGAUUGUCGGCAAUAGCCGUGUAACGGAAAAGGAUUGUGUUCUGAGUGGCUACAGAGUGCCAGCCAAUACAUUUGUUUCCAUGAUUCCAUUGGGCUCUCUCAAGAGCGAUGAAUAUUUCCCACGAUCCUCAGAGUUUCUACCAGAACGUUGGAUACGCAACACCGAGACGAAAAGUCAAGCGAAUAGCCUGAAAUUGACAAAUCCAUUUGUAUUCCUGCCAUUUGGUUUCGGACCUCGCAUGUGUGUGGGCAAACGUAUUGUCGACAUGGAACUGGAAUUGGGUCUGGCCCGUUUAAUACGCAAUUUCAAAAUCGAGUUCAACCAUCCAGCUGAAAAUGCUUUCCGUUCUGCUCUCAUCAAUGUGCCAAAUAUUCCGCUCAAGUUUAAAUUCACCGAUUUAUCCAACUAAACCUGUUGAUUUUCAGAUCUUUAUAAAAGCGUCUACAAAAUUCUUGUGAUAAGAGCUUCAAGUUUUUUAAACCUACUCGUAAACACAUACAUACGUAUAUUAAUAAAGCAUUUGUUAUUAGA